AUGUUUUUAAGGCUUUCCCCUAGGGAACCACACGCAGGUAUAUCUAUCUAUCUCUCUAUCUAUCUAACUAUCUAUCUAUCUAAUUCUAUGCAGAUCUAUCUGGCUGUCUGUCUGUCUAUCUAUCUAAUUCUAUGCAGAUCUAUCUGUCUAUCUAUCUGUCUGUCUGUCUAUCUAUCUAAUUCUAUGCAGAUCUGUCUGUCUAUCUAUUAUUUUAUUCUAUUCAGAUCUAUCUAUCUAUCUAUCUAUAUAUCUAAUUCUAUGCAGAUCUAUCUGUCUGUCUGUCUGUCUAUCUAUCUAAUUCUAUGCAGAUCUAUCUGGCUAUCUAUCUGUCUGUCAGUCUGUCUAUUAUUUUAUUCUAUUUGGAUCUAUCUAUCUAUCUAUCUAUCUAAUUCUAUGCAGAUCUAUGUCUGUCUGUCUAUCUAUCUAAUUCUAUGCAGAUCUAUCUAUCUAUCUAUCUAUCUAAUUAUAUGCAGAUCUAUCUGUCUGUCUGUCUGUCUAUUUAUCUAUCUAUCUAAUUCUAUGCAGAUCUAUCUGGCUGGCUGUCUGUCUAUCUAUCUAAUUCUAUGCAGAUCUAUCUAUCUAUCUGUCUGUCUAUCUAUUAUCUUAUUUAUUUCAGAUCUAUCUAUCUAUCUAUCUAAUUCUAUGCAGAUCUAUCUGUCUGUCUGUCUAUCUAUUAUUGUAUUCUGUUCAGAUCUAUCUAUCUAUCUAAUUAUAUGCAGAUCUAUCUGGAUGUCUGUCUAUGUAUCUGUCUGUCUGUCUAUCUAUCUAUCUAAUUCUAUGCAGAUGUAUCUGUCUGUCUGUCUGUCUAUCUAUCUAAUUCUAUGCAGAUCUAUCUAUCUAUCUGGCUGUCUGUCUGUCUAUCUAUCUAAUUCUAUGCAGAUCUGUCUGUCUGUCUGUCUAUCUAUCUAUCUAAUUCUAUGCAGAUCUAUCUGGCUAUCUAUCUAUCUAUCUAAUUCUAUGCAGAUCUAUCUGGCUGUCUGUCAACCUAUCUAUCUAUCUAAUUCUAUGCAGAUCUAUCAGGCUGGCUGUCUGUCUAUCUAUCUAAUUCUAUGCAGAUCUAUCUAUCUAUCUGGCUGUCUGUCAACCUAUCUAUCUAAUUCUAUGCAGAUCUAUCUGUCUGUCUAUCUAUUAUCUUAUUUAAUUCAGAUCUAUCUAUCUAUCUAUCUAAUUCUAUGCAGAUCUAUCUGGCUGUCUUUCUAUCUAUCUGGCUGUCGCUCUGUCUAUCUAUCUAAUUCUAUGCAGAUGUAUCUGUCUGUCUGUCUGUCUAUCUAUCUAUCUAAUUCUAUGCAAAUCUAUCUGGCUGGCUGCCUGUCUAUCUAUCUAAUUCUAUGCAGAUCUAUCUGUCUGUCUAUCUAUUAUUUUAUUCUGUUCAGAUCUAUCUAUCUAUCUAAUUCUAUGCAGAUCUCUCUGGCUAUCUAUCUAUCUUAUUCUAAACAGAUCUAUCUAUCUCAGCCUGUUCAUAUCUGUCUAUCUAUCUCUCUAUCUAUCAUGAAAUCAGAGAGAGAACAGGACUGA